UAAUAAAUCGUGGAUUUUCUCAUACAAAUAAAUUGUGUCAUUAAAAGUGUGUGACAGGGAGUUAAGGAUCAUAGUUGGCAAUCAUGGCCUCAUCGCCGGCACAUUCGGCCCCAACGUAUUCGGUCGAGCAUUUGGCCACUUUCUCGACCACAACUCCACAACAACAACAGACAACACCGCGGAUGGCAUUGCAUCGGCUCUUCGCUAUGGAAAAGACAUCAGGCAAUAAUAUGUGGAUAUUAGACGGCGAGUCCAAUGAUGUUGUCGAGCGGUUUCCGGUCACUCUUAUCCAACAGCCGACUGCUUUCAAUGAUCACAACCAUAUUUAUAACAAUAUCCUUAUAUUCACUGUACAGUUACCUAAUGAAAGUCAAGGUGAAUUGCAUAUAUUUCAAUGUGUUUCACACAACGCCAUAAGUAUUGUUGAAGACAUUCAGCACUGGAUGAGACACUUCGGGGUUGCGAUGCAAACCGAGGCCUCAACUCAGCCUAAUGUCAACGUUAAAGAGACUGUUAGUGUUUUCAAUCAAAUCGCAGCACAACGUGAAAAAAAGGGGUCGUCACCGACGGGAACACCAAUGGGUCACCCGAGUCAGGGACGACUGGUUGCCAACCAUGAUCUGGACUCGCGGUCCAUCACAACCACCAGUUCCAUCGACUCGAGCCAUCAUAACGGCGCUCAUAGGACUAAUAGUCACGACCAGUCUCUGUCUAAUGAGAGAUACGUUUCAAUACUUAAUCACUGUUUUGAUGACAUCGAAAGAUUUAUAAUCCGUUUACAACACGCGGCCGCAGCUCUCAGGGAAUUACAACUUAGAAAUCAUAGGCGACAAGGCAAAGGCGCCGCUCACGCCGGCGACGGACUGCUGGCCAUCCGAGCGCGCGGUCCCAACGAAGAGGAAUUCUUUGAGAUAUUAAGCAAAUUCAAACUGGCGUUCAAUUUAUUAGCAAAACUCAAAGGUUGUAUACACGAUCCCAACGCACCAGAACUCGUGCACUUUCUUUUCACUCCGCACAACACAAGACUUAACACUUCUUAUCAGCCGGUAUUCACCGACGGCUGGGCUCCUAAUAUCACAGAACCGGAACUGAUAGGAAUCGCGUCGGAAUCGGAACAGGAGGACGACUCCAUUCACUUGCAUCGCGACGAAGCCAUCAUAAGGAACCGCAGAGAUGUCAACUCAAGAGAGUACCAAAGAGGUCCGCAAUUUGAUGACAGCGAUAUCGACGACAACCAUAUGGAUGGCCGACAUAUUCAGCACAGAAUAUCGCCGUCGACCUCAUCGCACGCGACACGUGUGGUUCGCGGCAAUAGCCCGCCCUCUCCUAUCGACUCCAUAGAGCGCGACUCGCCUACAGUACAGGUCAGCGAAUUGGAUCAGUCCGAGUGGUUGGCAGAACUGCACAACAGAAACGCCAAAAUAGUUCGCGUCCUCUUUCCCCGAACCGCUAAUAACGACAAAGAGCUGACAGUUAUUCGGGGCGAAAUACUUGAGGUAUUAGACGACUCGAGAAAGUGGUGGAAAGCGCGCAACUGGAGGGGUCAGGUCGCACACGUGCCGCACACUAUUGUCUCUGAGAUCGGGAACAUCAGUAACGGAAAGGACCCACAUAUGGGCAGUUCGUCGCCCAACGAUGAUUGGGUGCGUCGCGAAAGACAAGGUAAAAAAGGCGAGUUUAGUCGAACUAAUGGUAUGAGAAGAAGCAGUGAAGAGGAAAGGAUUCUGUAUUCCGUCCCAAAUAAGCAGAAUUCCGAUCAAUCGAGGCCACAAGAACCCGAACGACAAAUUAGUGCAUUUGAGAGAGAAAUCAAGAUGAAACAAAACCAACUCAAUAGACAGCUUAAUGAGUCCUUUAAGAAUAUAUCGGUCAAUAAUGGGCGACAAAGCAGUGCAUCAAAACGACUCGAAAGGCUAGAGUCCGAUACUGUGAGCCUUCAAAGUGAGGUCAGCUUUCAGGACGAGUUGAGCGCUACUCUUAAAAGCAGGAAAAGUGUCGCCAAAGCUUCAGUCAUUAAUUCAGACGAGAGUUUAACCAAAGCUAAAGACAAAGAGACCGUUAGUGAGAAGAAAGAUAAAGAAAUAAAGGAUAGUAAAAAUAAAGAGCUAACUCUUCCCCUUUUGGUCGAACACUUACACCGAAAGAACUUUCAUCCGAGGCUUAUAUCGAAACUGACGGAUCACUCCAAGACAACUGCCGAUGCCGUCAAGUUUUACAUGUCGGUCACAAAACAACAGCUAAAACUUUCACUGCUACAGCCAGGGAUAACGUUCCGGCGCCGGCUGAUAAGCUGUUGGUCGGACAGUCGGGCUGAGCGUCGGUCCCGGAGAUGCUGUCCAUUACUCAGCAUUGAGCCAAACGGAGUGGCGCUGACGGAGUUAUCGCCGCACAACGCGAUGGCCAUCACCAGCGCUAUACCGAUUACACAUAUGGUGUUGACUUUCAUGAUGUUUACGGGCUGUGAGUUUAGGCUAUGGAUAAAGUAA